CGAGGUGGUGGAGACACCCUCACCAUCUCGAGAGAUGGCCAAGCUACUGACUCCAGCGUUGUCCCGCAAACACAUUCAGACCCAUCGAGCCUCUGUUCGAUGAAUGUGUUCGAGUCAGAGGAGCUAGAGGAGGAGUGGUCUAGAUCAGACCCGCUAGCUUCUUGGACGGCCCUAGUCAAAGCCCCGAAGGGUGAGAUGUUCGUUAGCGAGGUGGUCAUUGGCGGCCGCAAGGCCGGGGCCUAUUAUGACACUUGCUUGACUAGGAACUUUAUUAGCCGCGCGUGCGUUGAGAGGCUGCGCUUACAGGGGCAAGUGCAGCGCCUGAGUCGACCUGUGGAGUCGACCUGUGCCAACAAACAGCGCAUGGUAGUCAACGACUACCUUCAAGAUGUUGAGUGUUGUUUCCCGUACGCGGGAGGGGAAUUGAGACAUCACGUCUCAUUCCUAGUGAGCGAUGAACUCCCCAUGGACAUGUUGUUAGGUAUGUGCUACCUCUCUGUGGCACAACCCCAGUUUGACUGGGACCGAAAAGUGGUCAAACACACUUUGCCAGGUGGAGGGACCGCCAGAUUACGUAAGUUUAAAGGUAGUAGUCUGAUUGAGUCCCAUGGAUGCAUGUGUGCGGCCGCGUUCUAUAACUAUUAUAAGCAAAAUCAGGAGGAGGGUAUGUACUUAGUUUAUGUCUCUGCUACAGGCGAGCCGGUGAAAAUGCCGCCGGAGAUAGAGGGAGUAGUUGCCAAGUACCCUGAUCUAUUUGAAGAGCCGACAGGGGUUGUAGAGAGGGAGGUCGUCCACGCGAUAGAGAUUAUCCCAAGGUCUAGCAUCCCGAAGGGUAGGAUCUAUCGGAUGUCUCCAGGCGAGCUCGAUGAGCUUCGCCGACAGCUCAAGGAACUCGUAGAGGAGGGUUGGAUCCGGCCAAGUGUCUCUCUUUAUGGGUCUCCAGUACUAUUCGUACCUAAGAAGGAGGGAACACUUAGGAUGUGCAUUGACUAUAGGGGCCUCAAUGCCAUCACUGUCAAGAACAGAGAGCCCCUAUCGCGCAUCGAUGAUUUGCUUGAUAGAGUGCAAGGGUGUCGGUACUUCAGUAAGAUAGAUCUGAAGUCCGGGUAUCAGAUUGCAAUCCGGCCCAAGGAUCAACACAAAACCGCAUUUCAGACCAGGUACGGUCUGUACGAGUUUGUGGUGAUGCCUUUCGGCCUUUGCAAUGCUCCUGGCACCUUUCAGCACGCUAUGAAUCGGAUAUUCCAUGACUACUUGGAUAAGUUUGUCAUCGUGUACCUCAAUGACAUACUUAUUUUUAGUAAGACUGUUGAGGAGCACGUUGCACACUUGGACAAAGUCCUCAGUCUCCUGCGACAACACAAGUUCAAGAUCAACGGUGAGAAGUGCGAGUUUGGCCGCACCCGUGUCUUGUACUUGGGUCAUGAGAUUUCGGCGGAAGGGCUGAAGCCCGAUGACGCGAAGGUGGCCAGCAUUCGUGACUGGCCACGUCCUCAAUCUGUGACUGAGAUGAGGUCAUUCUUAGGGAUGACCGGCUACUAUCGCAACUUCUGGACUGAGAGAUGCGAGGCUGCUUUCAGACAUCUGAAGCAUGCGUUGACGCAUUACAAAGUCUUGAAACUUCCUGAUCCUGACAAGCCAUUUAUAGUGACUACGGAUGCUAGCCAAUAUGCCAUAGGUGCCGUACUUGCACAACAGGAGGGGAAAAAGUUGAGGCCAGUAGAGUACAUGUCCAAAAAGAUGCCCUCUCAGAAGUUGGCUAAGUCCGCCUAUGAGAAGGAACUCUAUGCGGUUUACAAGGCUCUGACCCAUUGGAGGCACUACCUCCUUGGGAGGUUCUUCAUCCUGAGGACUGAUCAUCAGACCAUGAGAUGGAUGAGAACUCAGCCGGUACUCUCUGAUGCUCUCAAGCGUUGGAUCGAAGUCAUUGAGCAGUAUGACUUCGAGCCCCAGUACAUCAAGGGCGAGUACAACAAGGUUGCUGAUGCCCUAUUGCGUAGUAGAUCAGACUUCUCUGGUGCGUUGAUCACUGAGUUUGGGCUUGCGGACAACGUUACUCAGUCCAUGGUGGAAGCCUAUCGCAAGGAUCAGUUUAUGUCAGAAAUCAUACGCAGACUAGAGGCGAAGGACAAAAAGACUUCAGCCGAGUUUGAGUUGGUUAACGGCUUGCUGUUCCUUGAGAAGGCAGGGAAUAAGCGUUUGUGUGUCCCGAAUAGCGAGUAUUUGCGUAGUUUGUUUUUAGGACAGUGCCAUGACGCCACCGGCCAUUUUGGGUAUAAGAAGACCGCAGCCAAUCUGCUGCAGCGGUUCUGGUGGCCCACGAUGAUGCGAGAUGUCCAGCUGUACGUGGAGACUUGUCGGGUCUGUCAAAGGGACAAGCCCCGUACUCAGGCUCCUCUUGGGCUACUGAAGCCCCUUCCGAUUCCGGAACGGCCGGGUGAGAGUCUGUCCAUGGAUUUCAUGGAUACUCUGGUCACCAGCAAGAGUGGGAUGCCACACAUCUUCGUCAUCGUGGAUAGAUUUAGUAAAUAUGCUAGGUUAGUAGCAAUGCCGGAAACAGCAAGGACGGAGUAUGUGAUCAGAAUGUUCAAAGAGAACUGGGUUAGGGACUUUGGGUUACCGAAGUCUAUUAUUAGUGACAGGGAUGUCCGAUUUACCAGCGAAUUGUGGAAGGCCGCUGCUGCAGACCAGGGAACCCAGUUGCAAAUGACUUCUGGGAAUCACCCAGAGGCCAACGGCCAGGCCGAGCAACUGAACCGCGCUGUACAACAUCUGUUGAGGCAUUACAUCAAGCCCAACCAGGUGGACUGGGAUGAGAAGCUUGCUCUCAUCACCAGUCUGUACAACAAUGCGGUACACAGCGCCACCGGGGUGAGCCCGAACAGUUUGCUAUUGACUUUCAAGCCUAGACUACCCUUAGAUUUUCUCCUUCCUGAGAAUCRGUCAACUGCUGCACCAGGUACUUUAGAAUUUGCUUACCGUUAUGAACAGAAGAUGCAGCAGGCUGUAGAACAGAUGCAAAAGGCACAGGCGGCUAUGAUAGAAUCUGCAAACAAACACCGCCGUGAGUCUUCAUUUCAGGUUGGGGACAGAGUCUGGGUUAAGUCCUCAGAACUGGGACAGGAGCACGGGGUUUCCCGCAAGCUCCUGCCACAGUACUUUGGACCAUGGGAAGUCUUAGAUAUUGUUGGGACUGAUCCGGAUGGACCUUCUUACGUAGUCCGGAUCCCUGGUCAUCUUCGUACUUACCCUGUCUUUCACGCCUCCAAGCUUGCACCGUUCAAAGAAACAGAUCAGUUUCCAUCUCGCCGCUCAAUGCUGCCCCCAACCAUGGACGGAGAGGUGGAUAUCGAUGAUAUCGUGGACCACAGGGAGAUGCCAGUGGCAAGACCAACAGGCAAGGGACGUCCUCCGAAACCGAAGCUGCAGUACCGCGUUCGGUUCCGGCAUCACACUGAUCCGAAGGAGAACCGCUGGUUCACCAGGGAGGAACUCAUGCAGACCGCUCUUCAAGUUGUAGCCCAUUACGAGAGAUCUCUGCAGAAGGGAAAGCGCCCAAUGAUUGAAGAUUGAGCUUCUCAGAGGACUGUUGAAGCUAAGGAGGAGGGAAUGCGAGGCCAAUGCUUCUAUGAGCCCCUUAUGGCCCCAUUCUGAAGC